AUGGAUAUUGGAUUUCUCAUACUAUGUGACCUUCUAGGCUUUGUAGCGAAGGCAGUACAGAGAACUGUACAGCGCGAUGCUGCCAGGCACUAUCCUUCCCCACCUGCGGAACAGGCUUCCUCUCCACAACGAGGCUCUCUGUCUGCCACUUUAGGAAACACGGGAUCAUCAAUACCGAACUCGCUCUCAACGCCCUAUAUUCCCGGUGGUCUGGUUGGCGUGACCCCUAUACCGGUACCAGACAGUGCCGAUCCUCCGGCUCGCAGAGGUCAUAUUAGAAAGUACGAGGCCGAGUCUGAUGAUGAAGGCGACGGGGAGAAUUACAAGAAGUCUCGCGUAGCCGAAGAAGAGAUCGCUGAGGAUGACGCUGACAUCGAAGGGCAGGAUCUCGUGCCUCAACGGGGGCAUAAGCGCUCCACCGACUCUGUUGAUGUCUCCGGCAGACGUGACAAACGCGCGCGCAAGGUGUCACUUGAGCAGCCUGGUGCGGAGAUGGACGUUGAUGGGACAGAGGCCGAGGACGGAUUGGCCGACAUAACUUCGGCGUCCAGUCGCGGGAAGCGUGCUUCUGCUGGGGUGAAGCGGCGCCAGAGCGAGGCAGGCUCGACCUUCGGUGGUGACGACAGCUUGGAACUGGAAUUGGAAGGGGAAGAUGACGGCGUUCGAGCGCGUCACAGGAAGCGACGCACCUUGCAGAAGCGCAACUUUGAAGUCGCCACUAGAGGACAGAAGAGGGACAGACUUGCCUCAGAUUCGGACUCCGAUGUUGACAUGCACUCGAAUGAUGGUUCCGAACAGGGUAACUUGCGGAAGCGAGGGAAGAGAUCGAGCACUACGGCGUCAGAGAAAAGCUUCGGGAACGAGCAGGAUAUUUCCAAUGAUCCGCUAUGCAAAGGGCGGAAGAUUGGAGAAGAAUGGACAGCAAACGGUAUCAGGUACAAAGUAGGCAUGAACGGACAGCGACUUCGUCAUGCGCUCGUCAAGAAGAAGCAACCGACCAAAUUCCCGAUGCCUAGCGACUCUCAACAUCCAGAUCGCGGUGCCGGUGUGGUCAUUUGGGUUGAGACCUGGCUCUCUGAAGAUGAGUACAAAGCGGCCAAAGAACAAGGCGACCUAGCGUGGCAGAAUACUCCUCCCCUGAAGACUAACGGCUCUGAACCCACUACCCCUGACAGCGCGGCGGUCUCGCCCACCAAGGUUGGCAAAAACCUGUUGUGGUCUUCCACCACAGGACGUGCGAGCGACUCACCGCUGCUUAAGCAUAACACCCUUCGCCAGUCGAUCACAACGACUGCGGUGCUCCGAGUAAACCCCUUCCAGCAAUCACAAGCCACUCCAAACCGAACGUUGGGGCGUCGUAUCAGCGCCAACAGCCCACUCACGCUCGCCGCCGACAGCCCAAAGCAGCCGGGAUCAAAAACAUACAGCAAGUGGGAGAAACAGGACUUGGAGGCAGAGGCGAUGGCAAAAAUGCGACAGAAGUUACUUGACCAGAAAAAAAAUUCAAGCAGUGCACCAACGUCCCCUAGUCCCCCUCUUGCAGUAUCUGCUACACCUGCAGCGCCCAACGCCUUGGGAAGCUCACCAGUUGUUCCCCUGCUGAAGCCUGCUUCAUCGACGCCGCCCUUCGCGCCUGCAGUCAAGUCGUCGGAAAGCGCAACGGACAAGGCACCUCCGCAGUCAUCCACAGGGUCCAGUGCGUUUGGGUUCGGGUUCCCGAGCGUUGCGCCGAAGGCGCAGGGAUCCUCGGCGGUGGACAGCGAUAAGAUCAAACCUCCAGCCCCAUUAGUAUCCGGCUUUGGGCUUGGAGCACCCCCAACCUCUACGAAUUUGGCUUCGUCGUCCGAUGUAGCUGGAAAGCAGCCUGAGGUGAAGACCGCCAAUGAAUCAAAGACGCUUGGCAAUCCGCUGGGUUCAAUGGGUCCUCCUCCUGUCCCUGUCCCUGGACUCGCGUUCGGUUUCAAACCCACGCUGCCAUCAGCUUCACCCUUGCCUACUUCAGCCCCCAAGCCUGCCGACGCUGCGGCAAAACCCAAUUCGUUCACGUUCGGCCCUUCAUCUACCAACUCCGACAGUACAAAACAAUCUUCACUCGCUGCUACAGCUGUGUCGAGCCCAUCGUUACUGAGCCGCAUCGGCGAGAGUAGUUCUGCCGCCAGCGGCGCAAGUCCGGCGCCGGGUGCGACUGUGGCCCCAGCCCCCUCUCUGUUUUCGUUCAAACCGAACACUCAGAAUGCCCCAGAGAGUACAAAAGCCUCGUCGUUCUUCGCUAACAGUCCGGGUGCCAAUACCGAUCCAUCUCCGGUGUUCACCAGUAAACCGCCCACCUUCAGCUUUUCACUCGGCAAGCAGCCCGAGACGAAGUCAGAAGCCAACAAAAAUCCGGGGCCUAGUGCGGCUAACCCCUCUGCUCCUACGCCGUCCGUGCCAUCCUUCUCCUUUGGUGCCCCUAAAAACGACGGGACGACGACGGCGCCUGGAUCAACUGCAGCGAAUAAACCCGUGUUUGGAAUGGCUACGGGCGGUCAGAGCGCUUUCGGCGUGAACAACACUGGCAGUAUUUUCGGUGCGACCAAUACUCCUGGAGCCACGGCUAGCAAACCCGCGCCCUUCACCUUCGGUUCCGCCUCUGCUACUAGUUCCACACCGGCAGGCGACGGUAAGACUGCCGAAGCCUUCAAGUCGGCAUUCAGCAACCCGACGGCGUCAGCUGCGUCGCCCGCGGCGCCGAAAACAACUUUUUCCUCGUUCGGUUCUUCUACUACGACACCCGCGGCUGCAGCGACGAAUACUGCGGGGGGCGCAGACAAGAAGCCACCGACUUUCUCUUUCAACUUUGGUUCGGGAGCGUCGACAGGGCCGAAUGCGCCUGCGUUCGGUAGUGGAGGUGCUUUGGGCAGUUCAACCAACCCCAACGUUUUCGGCUCAUCCGCCUUUGCCACGAACAAUGCUGCUGCACCGGCCAUUGGCACGGCCAAUACCACAAGCAACGCCUUCUCCUUUGGCCAAAAGCCCGCUGCUGCUGGGACUUCUUCACAGUUCGGACUAGGGGCAACUCCGUCCAGUUCGUCAUCUCAAUCACCAUUCACCUUCGGAACUUCGGGACAGAACCAAGGGCAGAAAUAG